AUGACAGCUGAUGAUCACUCAGCAUUUGGAAAUGUAACAUCAACUUCAACAAAAAGCUUUGAAGAUCAAAGUACGUAUGUUAAUCAUCAGAGUUCCAGUUGUUGUGUUCCAGAUGUUGAUGCAACCAUUCGGGCAUAUCAAGCACGAGGACACUUGAUAGCCAACACAGAUCCACUUGGAAUUCAAAAUCCAGAAUCUGCAAAUUUACAAGGUACAUCAAAUCUUGCUCCGGCUGUUGUUGUUCGUGAUCAUCUCAAAGGAAUGACUGAUGCUGACAUGGAUAAAGAAUUUCCACUUGGUUCAUUAACAGUCAUAGGUGGUGAAAAAAAACAACUUCCACUUCGUGAAAUUAUCAUGAGACUCAACAAUGUCUACACUGGACACAUUGGUCUAGAGUACACAUAUAUUCCUGACUUGGAAGUGUUGGACUGGUUGAGAAAUAAAUUUGAAAUUCCUGGAGCUUGGGAGCUAUCAGCAGAUCAUCGAAAAUCAAUAUGGAUGAAUUUAAUGAAAGCAGUUACAUUUGAGAGUUAUUUGGCUAAAAAAUAUGGUAGUGAAAAACGUUUUGGACUUGAAGGAUGUGAAUCAUUUGUUCCAGCAAUUGUUCAAUGUUUUGAGACAUCAUCUGAACUUGGUGUUGAGGCUUUUGUAAUUGGCCAAGCACAUCGUGGACGUCUCAACACAUUGGUAAACAUUUGUGCAAAGCCAAUGUAUCAACUUUUUGUUCAAUUUAAUCCACUGUCAAUUGAAGGAUUUGGAUCAGGUGAUGUUAAAUAUCACUUGGGUACUCAUUCAGAAACUCUGCUUGAAAGAACUGGUAAAACAAUUCGUGUUGCAAUGCUGGGUAAUCCAUCACAUUUAGAAGCUGUUGCUCCACUUGUUGUUGGUCGAGUACGAGCUGAACAAGUUGCUCAUGGUGAUUCAAAAGGUGACAAAUCAAUGGCUGUAAUUGUUCAUGGUGAUGCUGCCUAUGCUGGACAAGGUGUUUGUUAUGAAACUAUGCAUUUAACAAAUUUACCAGAUUAUACAACUGGUGGUGUUAUUCAUGCUGUUAUCAAUAAUCAAAUUGGAUUUACAACAGAUCCAAGAUAUUCUCGUUCAAGUGCUCAUUGUACAGACGUUGCUAGAGUUGUUAAUGCACCAAUAUUUCACGUGCAUGCUGAUGAUCCAGAUUUAGUUGCAUAUUGUGCUAAAACUGCAGCUGAGUAUCGUCAAAAAUAUAAAAAUGAUGUUAUUCUUGAUAUUGUUGGUUAUCGAAGAAAUGGACAUAAUGAAAUGGAUGAGCCAAUGUUAACUCAGCCACUUAUGUAUAAAAGAAUAAAAUCUCAUCCAAAUGUUCUUACUAUUUACAGUGAACGAUUAAUUAAAGAUGGUGUUAUUGAUGAAGCAUUUAUCAAACAAGAAACAGAUAAAUAUUUGGAUCAUUGUGAUUCAGAACAUAAAAAAGCACAAAGUAUAAGUGUAAUGCAAAUGAAAGAUUGGCAUGAUGUACCUUGGACAGAAUUUUUUGCAAAUCAAAGUCCAAAAAAUAAAAUUCCAUCAACAGGAAUUGAUAAAUCUUUGAUUGAUAAAAUUUGUACAGCAUUUUCAACAAAACCAGAAGGAAUUGAACCACAUGGACAAGUAUUUAGAGUAUUAGAAAGAAGAAAAAAAUUAAUGUCACAACAACAAGCUGAUUGGGCAAUGGGAGAAGCAUUAGCUAUAUCAAGUUUAUUAAAAGAAGGUCAUCAUGUACGUUUAUCUGGUCAAGAUUCUGAACGUGGAACAUUUUCACAUAGAAUACAUAUUAUUCAUGAUCAAAAUACAGAUAAAACUUGGAAAAAUAUGUUGAAUAAUAUUUUUCCUGAUCAAGCACUUUAUACUGUAACUAAUUCACCACUUUCUGAAUAUGGAGUUUUAGGAUUUGAACUUGGAUACUCAGCUUAUGAUCACAAUACAUUGACAAUUUGGGAAGCACAAUUUGGUGAUUUUGCAAAUAAUUGUCAGGUGGUGAUUGAUUCAUUUUUAUGCUCAGGACAAUCAAAAUGGGGCAGACAAGUUGGACUUGUUUUACUCCUACCUCAUGGAAUGGAAGGACAAGGUCCUGAACACUCAUCAGCAAGAUUAGAAAGAUUUUUACAACUUUGUGAUGAUGAUUUAACUCAAAUUCCUUGUGAAGGUUCUUCUGAUAAUUUUGAUGAUAUUAUGACACAACAGCUGUUUGAAAUAAAUUGGAUCAUAUGUAAUCUCACAACACCAGCAAAUAUUUUUCAUGCUUUAAGAAGACAAAUAAUCAUGCCUUUUCGUAAACCACUGGUUAUCAUGACACCAAAAAGUUUAUUACGUCAUCCAAUGGCACAAUCAAAUCUCAGUGAAUUUGAGACUGGAACAACUUUUCAACCAAUUUAUCAAGAUCCAACAACAACACCAAAUACUAUUAAAAAAGUAUUAUUUUGUUCUGGGAAAGUGUAUUAUGAUAUUUUGGAAGUAAGAAAAGAAAGAAAUCUUGAAAAUGAUAUUGCAAUUGUUAGAAUUGAACAGAUAUGUCCAUUUCCAUAUCAUUUAAUUGCAAAAGACUUUUCAAGGUUUUCCAAUGUCAAGGUGAUGUGGCUUCAAGAAGAACACAAAAAUCAAGGUGCAUAUCAUUAUGUUCGUGAUAGAUUAUCAAUGGCUUUAUGUUUGCCCUUGGAAGAGAUUACAUAUGGUGGUCGACCUGUUUCAGCAGCUCCAGCAACUGGUUCCAAGGUCAUAAAUAAAGAAGAAAAACAAGAAAUGAUUGAAAUGGCCAUGAAAAUUGACUAAAUUUAUUUUAUAACUUACUGUCAAACAAGCAUAUCUUCGUUUUCGUUUGAACCAUGGUGAUUUAAUUUUUUUUGGCAUGACAUUAAUAAGUAAAAUACUGAUAAUAAAAUUUUUUAUUUGUAGAACCAAGUCACA